AUGGCUGAUAAUGUAGAUGCAUAUAAAAAAUACAAAUUUGUAAUAGCUAUUGAAAAUUCUAAUUGUGCAGAUUAUGUUACUGAAAAAUUAGUUAAAGCUGUAGAAUCGGGUUCUAUACCUAUUGUUGCUGGUCGUGAUGGUCGUCCAGAUUAUCGAAGAUAUAUGCCUAAGCAUUCUUUCAUAAAUAUAUUUGAUUACUCAUCGAUGAAAGAUCUUGCUGAUGAUAUAAAACGUAUUGGAAAUAAUAAAACAUUAUAUGAAUCGUAUUUAUGGUAUAAAAAAAAUGAUAUUAAUAUUCAGAAUUUCAAAGAACUUCCUUUGACUGCCAAAUUGAAACAUGUGGCUGAUAUUAUUGGUUUGAAUUCAACAAUGUUGACCAGUGGCAUUGCAGCAAAAGAAAAAAGUGAAAAUAAAGUGUGUAAACUUACGCGAUUUGUUCGUCAAACACCUUGGCAAGACAUUGCUGCACAUAACAGCACAGCAAGAGCUGGUCCAGAAACCGCUUGUCUACCUCGACGGCAUUUAUCAAAUAGUUUUAGUUAA